AGUGGGCGGGACCAGUGACUGCCGUUAGACGUCAUUCAUUCGCCAGUUUGUUAGCUAAUAGACAGACCUCUGGGUUUUGUAAGUAAUUUAACUGGUUUUAAACUGUUGAAGGUGUUGAUCGUGUGUCCCGCAGCUCUAGUGAGACUAACUUGGAGGUAGACUAGUUCAGCGGAUCGGUUUAGCUUGUAUGCUAACCACAGGCCCUAACAGGGCAAUUAUCCGGCUGUCAAACGCAGCCGAACCGGGACGUUUCUGGGUCUGUUUCUAGCGGGUCACCAUGGGCGAGGUGGAGCUCUCCUGUCGGGCUUAUGUGAAGAUGUACCUGCACUCCUGCCUGUUCCCCCGCUGCAGCAUCAAUGGACUGCUGCUGUCCUCAAGCUCGGCAGGUGGCGCUGUUUGCGUGACGGACUGCGUGCCGCUGCUUCACUCUCACCUGCCCCUGGCUCCCAUCACGCAACUGGCCCUCACGCAGGUGGAUGUUUGGUGCGCUCAGACUCAGCAGAGGAUAGUUGGAUAUUACCAGGCCAACGCCUGCGCAUCAGACUGCAGCCCGACGCCGUGCGCUCUGAAGAUAGCCGACAAGAUCGCCGAGCAGUUUGAGAGUGCCGUCUUAUUAAUGCUCGACGGCAGCAAGAUGUCUCCAGAUGAUCGGGUUCCUCCGAUCGUCAUGUACGAGCGCAGAGACUCCAAAUGGAUUCUGAAGGACAAACACACGAUCAUGCUGCGGCAGUGGGAGGAGACGCAGGCCAUCGCCAGCCAGAUGCUGGAGUCGGGCGACCACGCCCUCCUGGUGGACUUCGACGGCCACCUGGAUGACAUCACCAAGGACUGGACCAAUCAGACGCUCAACUCCAAGAUCGCCGAGCUUUCCUCGCCGGCCAACGGAAACAUCUGACGGCGACCCGGUUCCCCCGACACAAACGCACACCCAGCAGAGUCCUCGGAAACGUUUUAUCGACAGAACAAAGACAAACGCGCUUAAAUGACAGAUUUACAUCUCGUGCCAACCCC